AUGGAUACAACUAUUAUUCAGGGUGUUACUCUUGGGUUCCUAUUAGGUUUUGUAGGAUUCAUUAUAUUCACCAGGAACCCUUCAAAAAACUUAAAAAGUAAUAAUUAUAAAAUUGUGAUGGUUGUAAGGACUGAUAUUUUGAAAAACAAAACUCAAACUGCUAUACAUUGUUCUCGGGCAGCAUUAGAAUGUUUUAAAAAAGCUAAAUUAAAGUAUCCUGAUGCUGUUAAUAUUUGGGAGAAGAAUAGUCAACCAAAGAUUGCUUUAAAGCUAGAUAAAAAUGAAAAUGAAGAAAUGCUGUGCCUUCACAGAAAAGCUGAAAGGUUAGGCUUAGUUUCUGUGCAAAUAUUAGAAGAAAAUUCUUACCAGAAAAAUGAUAUUGCUGUUCUUGGAAUUGGCCCAGGAUCUGAAGAAUUAGUCAAUGAAGUAACUGGUCAUCUCAAACUUUUAUAA